CAAACCGUGUGUUCUGCCACACCUAUAUAUACAACAUUGCCCACAACUUGCACGUGCGUGGUGUUUUGUUUAAUUUUUCUUGCAAUUCGUUUUAGUUUAGCAAAGAAUGUCCUCUCAAGGCACUGGAGAAAGUGACGAGGAUGAGUGCCGGCUUCCUGCAGACACGAUGCUAGUUCUACAACAGUUCCUAUACGAGAAAGAAAUGCGUGAGCAUACCGGCGAAUUAGUUCAGAACGACUUUGAAGAAAAUUGGCAAUUGAGUCAAUUUUGGUACAACACUCAGACGAAAGAAAGGCUAACAUUCGUGGUGAAGUAUUUUCGUGAACAUUUUGAAUCUGUAGGAAUAGAACCCUGUGUGGCACUGGUCUCAUGUCCAUCGCUUUAUAGUCAUAUCAAAGCUGUUCACAAUGACGUAACACUUUUCGAAUUUGACGAACGGUUCACAUCUAUAGGAUCAAACUUCCGCCAUUUCGAUUACAAUCGUGCAAUUGAGGAGGAUUAUUUGGAUGACUUUAGAGAAAAAUUUGAUAUUGUGAUAGCUGACCCCCCAUUUUUAUCGGAAGAAUGUAUUGAGAAAAUUAGCAUCGUAGUUCGAAAAAUAUCAAAAAAAGAUUGCAAAAUAAUACUUUGUUCCGGUUUUGUGGUUCGUGAAUGGGCUAAGAAACAUUUGACUUUAGAUAUAUGUAAGUUUAAACCGGAACAUGAGCGCAAUUUGGGUAAUGAGUUCUCUUCCUAUGCAAAUUUUAAUCUUGAUGACGUAUUAGCGAAAGUAAUGUAGCUUUAUUAUUCAAGAAUUACGCAAGAAAUGAUACUCCAA